AAUAGAAUAAAUACCGUUAAGGCUACGCUGACCUACAAAAAAAGUUAUAUAAAAGCGGCCUAAAAUGCAGUUAAGUCUGUGCACUUGCAGCGCGCAAUGCAAAAAUAUAGUUAACUAUAGAGAGGUCUAAAGCUCCGCCAAAGCUAGGAAAGCCAGCAAAGCAAAAGGUGUCGACAUGAAGCUUUUAGUGUAUAGCGCAUUGCUACUUGUAUUCAGUGGCGGCUUAGCGCAGGACUUUGAAUUUCCGAAACCAACUGAAAUUUCGUCUCAGAAGCCGGAUCGUAUCAAUUGGCUGCCCGUUUGGGAUAGCGAUCAAAUACCAGGCGAUCCGCGACAGCUGGAACGUAAUCCGAUUUUUAACCCAUUACUGCCAUUCUUUCCCAUAACACCACAGCUGAACCUCGGACCCUGCGAUGCGCCCAACGGCAUGGGCAUGCGCAAUCUCUUGGUACAAGCCAAAGCGCUGUUACCGCGCGAACGCAUACGCGCCAUUAUACGCAGCGCUGCCGAAGAUCCCGAAAUGGUGGCACUAAUAAAAUUGAUUCAGUCACCGGAAUUCCGCAAACGUACGGCCAGCUUAAGUCGCUCGCGCCAGUGGAAAGGAUAUCGUGAUUAUACCUGCUACAAAAUGAAUUGUGAUUUAAAAUUAUACGCCGAUUUCGUAAAGAACUUGCUACAGCUUAAUGUGCUGACGGAGUCAAAAAAGAAUGACACUAGCACCGAGGUGGUGAAAGGUCGUCCGGGUAUACGUGGUGUUCUGGAGGAUAUACGUGAUGCCCUACCGCGUCAACGAUUACGAGAUUUAUUCGAAAUUUUAAUGUUGCGCGAUUGGUAUCUGCUGCGUGCGGUUCAGCGCGCCCAGAGCUAUGAAUUUGAAGCCGUUUUCAAGAUCUUGCAGAAGAAUCCGAAUUAUAUAUAUCUGCGUAAAGCUCAUGCUGACGUGGGACUGCCGGUAGAAGAGGUGAAGAAGUUGGUCUUCGUUGCGUUGGGUUGGCGUGAGGGCGCACAGAAUGCCACCGAUGAUCUCUUCAUAGAUAUAUGAGGAUCGGUAGAGUGGGUGUUAUGGCUUAUUUUUCAGUGGUUAGUUUGUGUUUUCAUAUUUUUGCAAAAAAAUUAUAAUUAUUAAGUUUUGGUGGAAGAAGAUAACUUAAGAUAUUACACUUAUAGUUUUAUGGCAUGUAGUCGGUUACCAUUCAUUUUAGGAGAUACGUCUAAUAAAUAGUUCAUUAUUAUUUCUAAUUUUCAAUAAUAUAUCAUCUUGCUUAGGUGAGCAAUCUACCUUGAUCCUUCGUUGGCCUUUCUAC